UCGACCUUCAUGCUCGCGGCAUGGACGCGUGUCGCACCGGGUUGCCGACGCAGAGCUCUGCAAACACUUCCUCUGCGUGCGUAUAGCGUCUCUCUGGCGCUGCGCCAUCCGCUACGACUGCCCGCGACGACGGGGAUUGCGCCAGCGCCGACGAAAAGCAAGGGGGCGAGCAUGAGACGAGGCUACGCGGAGGUGCGCGACGUAAAAGCGCGCUUGGAGGAGGAAGGGCUCCCGCUCAAGAACUCCGGCCCCACGACGGCUGCCCUGCUCGCAUACGCCGAUGCGUACUGGCUCCCGCCCACCGACGUCCCCGAGGGGUGGAGCACCGACUGGAAGAGCUGGGACUACCUGCUCACGCUCUUCGCAUACAGCCCGUACUUCCUGCGCCUGCCGCAAAUCGAGAUGCUCGUCAACAUCCGCUAUGCCGUCCCGGGCGAGGUCAAGCCCGUGAUGUACUCCGCGGACCACGCCGGGCUGGUCUUCGCGGUGGACCGGGAGGACGCAGAGGCCGAGGCGGACCCCGAGUACGAAGGCGCGGCGGAGGUGUACUACCUGAACUGCCGCACGUUCAGCCUCUACAUGUUCGACCCCGACCACGCCCCGCACGUGCCCCCGCCCCAGACGAUCGACGAGCUGCUCAUGCUCAUCGGCACCGCGCCGGGCGCGCCGGAGGAGGCCAUCCCGCUCCUUGCGCUCGAGCCGGACGAGCACGGCCAGGCAGUGCUCAACCGCAUACUCAACCGCGACGCGAGCGUCAUCCCCGUGCUGGAGAAGGAGUUCCUGAGCUACGCGCCCAAGGCGACGACGCCCGAGGAGGAGAUGAUCCGGGCGGAUGAGCUGGACGGCGCGAGACGGCAGAUGUUGAAGGAAGCCAUCCAGAAGGCACGUGAGUUCAUUCGGGAGACGGAGGAAGAGUUGGAGCACGAGGUGGAGGAAAGUGUGGCGGUGCGUGCGCAGACGAGCGGAGAAGGAGGAAUUGGUGGGGCGGUGGAGGAAGAGGAGGAACGGGCGUUUUUGCUGAUGCGCGCGGCGCUGGAGGAGGCGAAGGGAAAGUUGAAGCAGCUGGAGGAGGAGUGGCACAAGGCGUACGGUGUGGAUAAGAAUGUCUAA